CCUUGAUUGGCGAUUGAGCUGCAUUUUUCUAGCAUAGUCAAAAGUUUCAUAUUUGCUUUUGCAACUAGGUUUUCAUUUGCGGAUACAUAUUGUUCAUGUAUCGCUAGGUAGAAUGAAAAAUAUUAAUGUUUUUUAUCCUCUUGUUGGUGCAAUGGUGCAAGAACAUUCUUAAACGACUAGUAUGAAUUUGGAUCGCCUUAGCGUUCGUAACCUUACCUUGUGGUUUAGUGGGAAACAAGACGAGGAAGAGAAUAGAUUACCAACACAUCUUCAAUUUGAACCUCAAGCUCAAGAACCUCCUUCUUCUUCUUCCAGUUGUAGGCAAGAACAAGAUAGAAGGACUUCGAAUUAUCCCUCAAUUCCACCACUCGAACAAGAGGAACAACAAGAGCCCGAAGGAGCAGUACAUCUAGAUACAGAGGACGGAAUUGUAGAUGUAGAAGAACAAGAGAAAGUGAAAGAUAAUUUUGAACGUACUGCUGGUGUAGAACAAGAACAAGAACAAUUAGGAAAAGAAGUUGUUGUACUAGGGGUUUCCUCGGGCGUUUCGUCCCUUGUCGUCCCUUGCGCUGAAGGAGACCACGUCCCGCCGUCUUCCUCGAAGAACUUCCUUGG